UUUUUUUUUUUUUACCAUGUCUUGUCAUUUCAAAUAUUUAUUUAAAGGCAUUCAAGAUGCUUUCGAUUGGCCACGCGUGUUUGCUUUGGUUAUAACAUCGAAACCUAUUCAGUCGACAUUGAUCAAAAGUGUGGCUCUUAAUGGCGUUGUUUAUUUAGGCAUGCUUGUGUUUAUAGAAACAUUUUAUAAUUCACCUGAUCAUCACUUGUACGGUUAUUCUUAUGCAGACUUGACAGGCUACCCAUUGUAUUUGAUUUGUUUGUUAGUCAAUUCACGCCUGUAUAACAAGAUUGCACAACAACAACAUGACAAUACAAAUAUAUUUGAUUCUAUCUAUACCAUUCUUUUAUAUGGUCAUUUUGCUCUUUUUAUUGCCUUGCUUAAAUAUAUACCUUGGGUUGGAUCUAUUCUCUCAUUCCUUUUGUACUGUAUGGUGAUGACUUAUUAUUGUUUUGAAUAUACAUGGAUAGACUGGAGUAUUGAACAACGCAUGACGUAUAUAGAACAACACUGGGCUUAUUGUUUAGGAUUUGGUUUACCUGCAACAACAAUUACCUUCUUCUUAUCUACUUUGAGAGCAGGAGGUGUAUUUGCUCUCAUCUAUCCUACUUAUAUCAUGAUGGCUUCUUCAGCAACACCUGUACCUUCUUCGAUACAAAAAGAGCCUGUCACUUCCUUACCUGUGUUUGUAGGUAUACGAUACAUGCAUCAGUUCAUGAUGCGAUCCAUGCGUUCUUUUAUCGGCACGCCUAAAACACACAAAGACGACUUAGGCAAACUUGUCUAAGUGACUGUCCAAGUCACACAUCAACAAGGAAAUCCCACAUACAAAAAAAAAAAUAAAAAAUAAAACUUUUUUUUUUUUCAUAUAUACUAUCCUAUGCCCCGUGUAGAAAGAAAA